GAGCCCGGGCUGUUCCUGGUGGCGACGCCGAUUGGCAACCUGGAGGACGUCACGCUGCGCGCGCUGCGCGUGCUGCGCGACGCGGACGCGGUGCUGGCCGAAGACACGCGACGGACGAAGCAGCUGAUGCGAGCGUACGAUAUCGCGACGCCGUUGGUGUCGUAUCACGCGCAUAACGAGGCGAAGCGGAGGGAGUCGGUGCUGGGACGGUUGGCGAGCGGCGCGGCGCUGGCGCUGGUGAGCGACGCGGGAAUGCCGACGGUGAACGACCCGGGCGCGGAUUUGGCGGCGAGGGCGGCGGCGAUGGGUGUGAGAGUGUUUCCCGUGCCGGGACCGAGCGCGGUUUUGGCGGCGAUCGCGGGCGCGGGAUUGCCGACGGAUGAGUUUACGUUUAUCGGUUUCCCGCCGCCGAAAUCUUCGCAGAGAGCGAAAAGAUUUAAGAGUUUUGCGCGCAACAAGGCGACGCUCAUCAUGUUCGUGCCUCCGCAUAAACUAAUCGGGACGUUGGAAGACGCACACGCGGCGUUGGGCGAUCGACGAUGCUCGGUGUGUCGAGAGUUGACCAAGGUGCACGAAGAGUUUUGGAGAAGCACGCUGAGUGAGGCCAGAGCGGAGUUCGAGCGGCGCGCCCCGCGAGGGGAAAUCACGCUCGUCAUCGAAGGUUACGAUGACGACCAACCCGCGCUCGCGAGUGAUGAAGACGAUGACGACGACAAUAGCGCGCCGAGCUCGUCGAACGUCGAAGACGCGGUGCGCUCGCUGUUGGAGGACGGCGCGUCUCCCUCCGACGCGUCGAGACGCGUCGCAAAAGAACUCGGCGUGCGACGACGGGAAACGUAUGGCGUCGCGCAGAGACUU